AUGCCGAAUGAGUAUACAACCUCUUCUCAGGGAAGCAACCGUCGACUGGCCGAGACCGCUUCACAACUUUUCUUUGGGGCACAGAUUGGGUUUUCCCAUAUCAUACUCUUGAAUGACCGCCUCUCAAAGACCGUGGAUGACAACACGGUGGAGAUAGCUAACCUCAAGAAAAGUGCGGAGGAAGGGAGGGCGGCCUUGAUGGAGGAGUUGCGUCCCCAGAUGGAGAAGAGCUUCGAGGAGUGGUUGGCUCAGAAGGAGAAGGCCCUAUUGGAUGAGAGGGAAGCUUCUAAGGCGAUCCGCGAGGAGAGAGACCGCCUCCAAGAAGAGCUGCUAAAGUCACGGAAAAUUGAGAAGACGCUGCUGGAGGAGCAGGACGCCUUGCGUAAGGAGGUGGAGGAACUAAAGCUGGAGAAGGUGUCUUUGCUUGCGACUCGUGAGGCGGAGGUGGCCGCCGCCCGAACUGAAGCCGGUCCUGCCUAUCUGCAAUCUACAGAGUUUUUAGCUCAGGAUAAGGCGAAGUAUAAGACGGUGGUUGGCAACGUGGUGGCCGCCAUCCGUCAUUUGUUUCGCGAGGAUUGCCCUGACAUAGGUUGGGAUGCCGACCACGUGUGGGAUGCGGUUGGGCACUGGUAUGCUUCAGACGUAAACUCGGAAGCGGAUGAAUCUGAGGGGGAGGAAGAAGCCACUGAAGGGGGCGAUGCCGAGAGCGGGGGGUCUCCGGGAAUUUGA